CCCGGAGAAACCCUUGCCGAUCUGCAAGUCAUCCACCCAGCCAUUCGUAUUGACCGCCUCAAAGCAGCACGUCAAAUGUAGCACUAUCCCACUAUCCACUAUCCACUAUCUAGUCGUCCAUCCUACUUCACAGAUCCAUAAUCCUCAAUCCCAUCAAAAUGGUCACCCGCGGCAUAUGGCACCUCCACACCGACAGUAAGCCCGAACAACCCCUCCACAGAAAAAUGGUACUGCUCCUUCCAUCCCCCGCGGAGCCGAAUAACUUCCCCCGACUCCCCCGCCAUCCUAACCAAAAUCCGGCAAUUUCUGCCCGAGAUAGUCCCCCAGAAAUGGCACGCAGUCCCACUUCCCUCACCGCUGCAUAUCGACCUAGACUACGUGUAUACCAUCGAUCGCGACAGCGGAUAUUUAACCGUGACUCAGUGGUGGGGUGGUCAGGAGGGGGGGGGUUGGGACGUCGUGUGCGGCGAGUUGCGUUGGAUAGGAUUCGGGAUUGGGGAUUGGGAUUGGGAUAGGAUGAGGAUGAGGAUGAGGAUGAGGAUGAGGAUGGGGGUGUGGAGAGUGUGGAGAGUGUACUUGAGGAUUUUGUUGAGGGUGUCCCCUCCUCAGAUAUUG